CAUGCUGGGGCCAUGGACAGAGCGGCGCUCCUGGGACUGUCCCGCCUGUGCGCGCUGUGGGCAGCCCUGCUCGCGCUGUUCCCCUGCGGAGCCCAAGGAAAUUGGAUGUGGUUGGGCAUCGCUUCCUUUGGGGUUCCGGAGAAGCUGGGCUGUGCCAACUUGCCGCUGAACAGCCGCCAGAAGGAGCUGUGCAAGAGGAAACCGUACCUGCUGCCGAGCAUCGGAGAGGGCGCGCGGCUGGGCAUUCAGGAGUGCAGGAGCCAGUUCAGACACGAGAGAUGGAACUGCCUGGUCACCGCCACCGCCCAGCCGGGCACCAGCCCCCUCUUUGGCUACGAGCUGAGCAGCGGCACCAAGGAAACAGCAUUUAUUUAUGCUGUGAUGGCUGCAGGCCUGGUGCAUUCUGUGACCAGGUCAUGCAGUGCAGGCAACAUGACCGAGUGCUCCUGUGACACCACCUUGCAGAAUGGCGGCUCAGCUAGUGAAGGCUGGCACUGGGGGGGCUGCUCCGAUGAUGUCCAGUAUGGCAUGUGGUUCAGCAGAAAGUUCCUAGAUUUCCCCAUCAGAAACACCACAGGAAAAGAAAGCAAAGUUCUGUUAGCAAUGAACCUACACAACAAUGAAGCCGGAAGGCAGGCCGUCGCCAAGCUGAUGUCAGUAGACUGUCGCUGCCACGGAGUGUCCGGCUCCUGCGCUGUGAAAACGUGCUGGAAAACGAUGUCUUCCUUUGAAAAGAUCGGCCAUUUGUUGAAGGACAAAUAUGAAAACAGUGUCCAAAUCUCAGACAAAAUAAAGAGGAAAAUGCGCAGGAGAGAAAAAGAUCAGAGGAAGAUACCCAUCCGCAAAGAUGAUCUGCUCUACCUUAAUAAGUCUCCUAAUUACUGUGUAGAAGACAAGAAACUAGGGAUCCCAGGAACACAGGGCAGAGAAUGCAACCGCACGUCAGAGGGCGCGGACGGCUGCAACCUCCUUUGUUGUGGCCGCGGCUACAACACCCACGUGGUCAGGCACGUGGAGAGGUGCGAGUGCAAGUUCAUCUGGUGCUGCUACGUCCGCUGCAGGAGGUGUGAAAGCAUGACUGACGUCCACACCUGCAAGUAGCCCCUCCAUCCAGCCUUGAGCCCCACUCCUCAGUGACAAGGGAGUGCCAUUCCGAGGUGCCUCCCCACUGUGCAGGGCUGUGGAAGGCGCCUCCUGCCUCCGAGGUCCCAGACCCUUGGG